GAACAGAGGGAGAGGGUGAAAACUGCAUUGCAAAGUUGGUGGACAGUAAAAAACAAGAAAGAAUAUCAAUGGAUCCCUUCUAUUUUGGGAACGUGAAUUGCGCUCCUUUUCUCACCCAUCUCUUUCUCUUGCUUUGUCUGUUCUUCCUCAGAUGGAGAAAAGGGAUCAUUCAUAUAUACAUCUAUUCCAAAUCCAACAUUCAUACGCAGGCUUGUUCAGGGAUGGAAGGUGCAAAUGGUUUGUCAAACCUGAAAACCUUGGCUUAUACCGGCAGAUGUGUGCCACUCUCUCCAUAUCCCUUCCUAUCUACUUCCACAUCCUACUCUGAUUCUUCACUGGCUGAAUCAAAGGGAAAUGUGAAGUGUCAGGGAAGUGUAAUUAACCACCAUCGAUGUUCUUCCGAGAGCUUCCUUAUAGAGGAGCAACCCUCAUGGCUUGAUGAUCUUUUAAAUGAGUCAGAAACUCUUAUCCACAGAGGUCAUCAUCGUCGCUCAGCAAGUGAUUCUUAUGCAUACUUGGGAGAAGCAGCAGAGACAUUAAACAUAAGUGAGGAACCUAAAUAUGUCAAUGCAAAUGUUGGGACCUCUACAAGAUCACAAAACCUAUUGCAUUACAAAGAUGUAGACAGCAACUCCACUGAGACCAAGACAAACUCACUAGCUGAGAAAAAUAAUCAGGAGUUGGAAGAAGUGGUAUCUACUUUAGCUGUAGAGCAAAGCAGAGAUGAAACUAGUUCACAGAAUCUUGAGGGAUCUGCUGAUAAAACUGGUGCUUCUCAAAAGUCUUCUGGAUCGAAAGAUUCGAAGCGUGCUAAACAGCACAAUGCCCAUCGGUCUAGGGUAAGGAAACUUCAGUACAUAGCUCAUCUUGAAAGGACUGUUCAAAUCUUGAAGGCAGAAGGAUCUGAAGUUUCAGCUGAACUUGAAUUCAUUGAACAGCAGAAUAUGAUCUUGAACAUGGAAAAUAGAGCAUUGAGGCAGCGCCUGGAGAGUAUCUCACAGGAGCAAAUCAUCAAACACUGGGAGCAAGGGAUGUUAGAGAGAGAAAUUGGGAGGUUGCAAACUCUAUAUCAUCUACAGAAGCAACAGCAAAUGCAGCUGCAGCAUCAUCAGCAGCAACCACACAACCAGCAUUCCAAACAGCGUCGAAACAGAAGUAGAGAUCUUGAUCAUCAAUCAAACAGUUCCACAAAGAAUAAGGACAAGGAUGCCAGUUCCAGCAAAAAUUCAGUUACUGGUUCUGUUCGAGUCUAAUCGACCCAAGUGCUAUUCCAACUAGCCCAAACACACACACAAGCUGAUGGGGGGCACAGAAACAUUCUAUUUCAGUCCCACCAGUUUCUCCUCUAUUUAUUUUUCACCUUUUUCCUUAUUGUUUUCUGGUUCUUUAUUACUUGUGCUGCUGCCACCGCUAGUUCAUCACUUCUAUUUUUAAUGAUCUAGAUUUAGCAGGGCCUUUCCAAUGCUUAAGAAGUCAGCCCUGAACUGUACAGUUGACUUUCAGCAGGGUACUGGUAGCCAGUUGAGGAAUAGAAGUGAGCUACCACUUGUUUGAAGUGGUUUUUCAUACACUUCUACAUGUAGCUUAAUUUAUAUCAUUUCUUCUUUCUUGCCAA